AUGGGCACCCACAAGGAAAGAUUAGAGAGGCUAGAAUACGACCUGCAAGAUGUUCGCGAAGGGCAGAUGCGCGUUGUUGCAGAAUCUGCAGAUACUCGAGUGCAAAUACGGGGUCUGGAAGAACGAAUGCAGGAGGUGCUGGCAGCACUGAACGGACUGAGAACCAUUCAUUCCCAUGCUGAAAGAGGAUCCUCUUCUCGACAACCAUCAUCCCGGAAUGAAGGUAGUUCUAACACUGGUGGUUCCAGAUUUAUCAAAAUGGAUUUUCCACGUUUUGCAGGGGAUGAUCCAACUGAAUGGUUGAGUAGGGCCAUGCAAUAUUUCGAGUAUCAAGAACUUGCUGAUGACCAGAGGGUUGCGGUGGCUUCCUUCCAUUUGGAAGGAGAAGCCAACCAAUGGUGGCAAUGGCUUAAGCGGGUGCAGAGGGACGAAGGCAUCGUCAUCACGUGGGAAGUAUUUGAAAGAGAGCUGUGGUGUCGUUUUGGCCCUACAGAAUUCGAAAGCUUUGACGAAGCCCUCUCUAGAGUGAAACAGACUGGAACCUUGCGAGAUUACCAGCGGGACUUUGAACGUCUUGCAAACAAGGUCGUGGGAUGGCCGCAAUCAGCAUUAAUUGGGACCUUUCUCGGAGGACUGAAGGACGAAAUUGCCGAUGAAGUGCGGAUGUCCAAACCACGAACACUAAGGGAAGCUAUCAGCGUCGCCAGAAUGAAGGACGAACAGAUCACUCGACGACGGAAACAGCUGCGUACAGAACCUGUUCGACCAACUCCGGCUCGGUUCAUGGCGGCAGCUCCACCAACUUCGGUCCCCACAGCAACAAAACAGGUGGUUGGUUCACCCAUAAAGAGGCUGUUGUGGGAUGAAAUGCAGCGAAGGCGCGAACGGGGACUAUGCUUUAAUUGCAACGAACGUUUCACGCCCGGACAUCGCUGUAAGACUCCGCAACUAUUCCUGAUUGAAAAUGCAGCUACUACCGAUGAAGAAGAAUGCACCAACCAGCCGAGAAACGAACCAGUUAUGAAUAAAUUGGAGUGGGAAGAAGCGGAGGAGCAGGCCGAAAUUACAUUGCAUGCAUUCUCCAGCUGGAAGGGUCCGCAAACCAUGAAGUUGCUGGCGCAAGUGGAGAAGCAACCCGUUACUGUGCUGGUGGACAGCGGCUCCAGCCAUAAUUUCAUAAGCGAACGGGUGGCGCGGUUGCUACGCCUUCCAGUGACCACCACAGAUGGCUUCACCGUCCGGAUUGCAGAUGGUGGCCAACUUUCUUGUCAUGAGAAACAUGAGGAGGUACCUCUGGAGGUUCAAGGCUUUAAAUUUAAGAUUAUAUUAUUUGCCUUACCAUUGCAGGGGCUCGAUAUUGUACUGGGAAUUCAAUGGCUUGAAAGUCUUGGACCCGUGUUGUGUGAUUGGAGGAACUUAACCAUGAGAUUCAGCUGGGAAGGAGAGUCUCGGCUAUUGCGGGGGCAAUGUCAUUCAACAACUAAAGAAAUUUCAGUGCAGUCACUGCAUAAGGAAUCGCAUGGUGGCGGGGCCUUAUUUGCUUUAACCAUGAAAAGAAGGGAUCAAGACAUGGACCAGGCCACUUUACCAUUCGACAUAAAAGAGUUGCUUGACGAGUUCACACUCCUGUUCGAUGAGCCACGUUCAUUGCCACCAGCACGUGAUGUUGACCACCGGAUUCCCCUGAAGGAAGGAGUCACUGCAGUCAAUGUGCGCCCAUAUAGGUACGCUCACUUUCAAAAAAGUGAAAUUGAAAAACAGGUGGCGGAAAUGUUAAAAACGGGGAUUAUUCGUCCUAGCCAAAGUCCUUUCUCCUCCCCGGUGCUUCUAGUCAAGAAGAAAGAUGGAUCGUGGCGAUUCUGCACUGACUAUCGUGCGCUCAAUGAAGUUACUAUCAAGGAUCGAUUCCCGAUUCCCACUCGACGACAUGAUUGA